AUGGCGGUCCUGAAAGUGACUUUCACCAAGACCAAGCGGGGCAAGCUGGCCCAGGCGCUCUGGCUCCUGAACUGGGUCUCCGUGGUAACGGGCUUCCUCCUCAUCAGCCUGGGCCUCUUCCUGAAGGCGGAGAUCCAGAAGCGGCGGGAGCUGAUGUCCGAGCGGGAGGUCCACGCCGUGCCGAGCGUGCUGAUCGCGGUGGGCCUGGCUACCUGCUGCAUCAACUUCCUGGGCGGGAAGAUGUGCGUGGAGGGCGCGGACGCGGCCGCCUUCCUGCGCUGGAAGCUUCUGAUGCCGCCCUACAUCGCGGGCACCUUCUGCUUCACCUUCUGCCUCCUGGCGGGGGCGCUGCUGUGCCACGCCGUGCGCGGGCAGCUGGAGGAGUCGCUGUCGCAGGGGCUGCGCGACGCCAUGCGCUACUACAAGGACACGGACGCGCCGGGCCGCUGCUUCCUCAAGCGCUCCGUCGACGUGCUCCAGAUGCAGUUCCAGUGCUGCGGCAACGCCGGCUUCCGGGACUGGUUCCAGGUCCAGUGGAUCAGCAACCGCUUCCUGGACUUGUCUCGCGCCGAGGUGAAAGACCGACUGAGGAGUAACGUGGAGGGGAAGUACCUGAUGGAUGGAGUGCCUUUCAGCUGCUGCAAUCUGAACUCCCCUCGGCCCUGCAUCCAGCACCAGAUCACCAACAACUCCGCCCACUUCAACUACGACCACCGCACUGACGAGCUCAAUUUGUGGAGACGGGGUUGUCGGCAGGCCCUGCUGGACUACUACACCCAGAUCAUGCGCUCCAUCGGCUCCAUCGUGCUCCUCAUCUGGCUCUUUGAGCUGUCUGUGCUUACCGGGGUACGCUACCUGCAGACCUCCAUGGAGAACGUCCUCCGCCAGGGGGACCCAGAGUCCGAGUCCGAUGGCUGGCUGCUGGAGAACAGCUUCGCAGAGACGGCCCGCUACAACUUCAACAUCAUCAAGAACCUGGGCAAAUGUCACCAGGGUGAUGAGGAGGAUGAUCCCAACAUCAAUGUUCCCACCUCUGCUCAAAGCAGGCCUGAAAAUGUGUCUUCCAAACAGAUGAACCUGCCUAUUUAA